AUGGAGAGAGUGGCGUCUUGGGCGGUAACGACGUCGUGCGAGAAGAGCGUGUACGUGAGCUGGGAGGAGGUGCUGGUGUCGAGUGACAAGGGGAGGAGGGAGGUUCACUAUCUGCUGAAACGACGCGGCGGUGCGGCGGAUCUGGCCGUCGUGGGAAAAGAGAAAACCCUAAGACACAUGUCGUAUCGCUACGCGACUCGAAGCGCGUCGUUGGGUCCUUACGUGAAGCUCAAAUCGCGAAGAGAGGUUGUUGAUUGGCUGGAUUCAGUUGUCUCAGAUUCGUCAUCUGGGGAUGUGGUUAUGGUGGAAAAGCGUGGUUGUGAACCUGAAAUUGGAUCCUUGAAGGAUAAUCAAGGGCAGAAAAUGCACAAUUGUACAAAGGAAUUCUCAUGGAUAGGGUUUCCAUGGAUGUGUAGGAAAAAAAGAAAGCACUAUCAGGCCUAUAAGAGGAAUGGUUUUCAGAUAUCCGUUCAUGAUUUUGUGUUUGUUCUGGCAGAAGAGGACAAGCGUCUAGUUGCCUACUUGGAAGACCUGUAUGAGGAUUCCAGAGGUAACAAGAUGGUUGUGGUGCGCUGGUUUCACAAAAUUGAUGAGGUUGGUAUUGUUUUGCCUCACAGUUUUAGUGACAGAGAGGUUUUCUUUUCUCUUUAUCUUCAAGAUCUGAGUAUUGAAUGCAUAGAUGGGUUGGCUUUCGUCCUCAGUCCACAACACUACGAAAAGUUUCGGAAUGAGGCCCGUAGAACCCACAUGGAACCAUUCGUUUGCAUCCACCAGUUUGAUAAUGAUGAUGUGAAACCCUUUGAUAUAACACAGAUUAAGGGUUAUUGGAAACAGGAAAUACUCAGGUACAUGUAUACCCAACAGGAUUCAAAGUCUAGUGGGAGUUCUGGGCAGUCUGAUGAUACCCUGGAACUGGAUGAAAACCAUAUGUCUACUGUUUCGACCAGACCUAAGAAGAGGCUGCGCCUUGCCAAAGAUGAUACCAAAGAAGCAACUGACUUAACUGUCGUUAAACUGGAAAAUCCGAAUAACAUUAAGAAUACUACCAAAAUCAGUUCUGGAAACAAUUCCUUGAAAUUGUUUGGGCACACAAACAUGACAACAACCCUUAAAGGGACGACUGAAUAUGCUUCACAGCAUUUGGUUGUUGGUUCUCAAGUUGAGGUCCUCUCUCAAGACAGUGGGAUGAGAGGAUGCUGGUUUUCGGCUUCUGUCGUUAAGAGACACAAAUAUAAAGUGAAGGUGCAAUAUCAAGACAUUCAGGAUGCGGUUGAUGAAACCAAAAAACUUGAGGAAUGGGUUCUAGCUUUCAGAAUUGCUGUGCCCGACAGUCUGGGUCUUCGAAUGCAUGGGAGGACCACGGUCCGUCCAGCGCCACCUUCUGGCAAACGGGAAUUAUCCUGGGUUGGUGGUGUUGGUUCCAUUGUUGAUGCUUGGUGGCAUGACGGAUGGUGGGAAGGAAUAGUUGUUCAAAAAGACUCCGAAGCUAAUUAUCAUGUUUAUUUCCCAGGGGAAAAGGUGGUGUCAGUAUUUGGUCCUGGUAACUUAAGAGAGGCUCAAGAUUGGGUUGGGAAUGAGUGGGUGAAUGUGAGGGAAAGGCCUGAACUGGUGGCGUCUGUUUUAUCAAGCUUGAAGACACCAGAAAACUCGUGCAAAUCCAACGACAGCAAAACAAAUGCAGCAUCAACUAGAGUUGGAAUACAACCUAAGCCAUCAGAUACUUGCUUGGAUUCUGAUAGGGAUAGACCAAGAAAGCCUGUAGUGGUUGCAGACGUUUUGAAGGAUGAUUUGUUAUUGCAGUUAAGGUGGAUGACCACAAGAAAGAGGAGACGUAGAAGUACCUCUAAUCAGAAGCCACGGUGCACCGAAAGCCAUCGGAAAAGGUCGCCAAAGGUUCUGAAAUCAAAUUCUCCUGACAGUUUUGUGAUCCCAGCAUCAUUGAAAGUUGAUCAUGAUGAAUGCAAGUAUGGAGGAGGGGAUCCCUCCAUUUUCACUUCUUCAGUUGUGCCUUCUUUAACUAGCAUGGUUAUGUGUAGGUGA